AUGACUGUCGUUAGAUUUGAAAAAAUUGUUCUUUCUGGAAACACAGAAAACAAGAAGCUUGUUGAAGUCGAGCCUGCUGAAAUCAAACUUGACACUUAUGAAGUUCCUGCCAAUAAAAUUCUCAUCAAGUCUGAAGCUUAUGCUUUUAACCCCACAGACUGGAAGCAUGCUGUCUGGAAAUUUGGCCCUAAAGGUGCCAUUGUAGGCUCUGAUGUUUCUGGUACUGUCGUCAAGGUCAGCCCUGAAGCUGCUGAUCGUUUUAAGGUCGGUGACUCGGUUUCUGGCUUUGUUCAUGGCGCUUACUAUCCUAAAGACAUUGGUGCUUUUGCUGGCUACACCCUUCUUGAUGACUAUGCCACUAUUAACUACAACAAGGAUGGUCUUCAGAUUGCUGCUGACCAUAACAAUGUUAUUCCUGCUGGCGUUGUCCAGUCUUACGAGGGUGCUGCUGCUAUCAAUCUCUCCCUCUUUACUGAUGGCCUUGUUUUUAACCACUCCUUUGAGCUUGCCAACGCAAGCCCAGAAUCCUACAAAGGAAAAAAGGUUCUUAUUUGGGGUGGUGCUACUUCUGCUGGAUAUAUUGCAAUUCAAUUGGCAAAGAAAAUUUAUGGCCUUACAGUGAUUGCAGUUGCUAGUUCGAAACACCACGCCAGUCUUAAAGAGCGUGGUGCAGAUUUCACUUACGAUUACAAAACUGAGAAUGUUGUCGAGACUAUUCGCAAAGAGCAUCCUGAUAUUAUUUAUGGGUUUGACUCUGUUUCUAACAAAGAAACUUUCCAAUCAGUUUAUGACGCAAUUGCUGACAAUUCAUAUAUUGACAACUUGCUGUUUUUGACUGCUAAUGACAUCAAGACUGAUGCAAACAAGAAGGUUAAGUUUAACACGACAUUACUUUACACUAUCAUCAACGAGGAAUUUAAGUUUGGUCCCCAAACAAUUCCUGCCUUGCCCGAGCUCCGUCGUGACUUUGAUGACUUUCUUAGUAAGAAGAUUUCCCUUCACUUUUUGCAGCACGAGUUAUACCACCCUGAACUGCUUUUGAUUAAAGAUAGUUUCCUUAAUUCUGUGGAAGAAGGUCUUGACCUGCUGCGAACCGAUAAGAUUUCGGGCCAGAAAGUCGUCGUUCGCGCUUCUGACGUUGAAAAAUAA